UCAUGGAUCUUCAUUAGUUAUUUUUUCUCCAUUGUUUUCAUUGAGUCUAUUCCAUUACUCCAAUUUUACAUUCUCAAUUUUACAUUUCUCAUUGCGUUUCUUUUUCAUUGCUGACAAAAUGGCGAACGCGGCGUCUGGAAUGGCAGUGCAUGAUGAAUGCAAACUGAGGUUUCAAGAGCUAAAAUCGAAGAGGAGCUACCGGUUCAUUGUGUUCAAGAUAGAAGAGCAGCAAGUUGUCGUCGAUAAAUUAGGCGAGCCUACGGAAAGUUAUGAUGAUUUUAUGGCUAGUUUUCCGGCUGAUGAGUGCCGAUACGCUGUCUAUGAUUUUGAUUUCACAACCGAUGAGAACUGCCAGAAAAGCAAGAUCUUCUUUGUUGCAUGGUCACCAGAUACCUCAAGGGUGAGGAUGAAGAUGGUGUAUGCAAGUUCCAAGGAUAGAUUCAAGAGAGAAUUGGAUGGCAUUCAAGUUGAACUACAAGCAACUGAUCCAAGUGAGAUGAGCUUGGACAUUGUGAAAGGGAGAGCCCUCUAAGCCAUUCUUGCUAUAUAUGUUCUCAUGUUAUGGAUUAAUUCCUAGCUGUUUAUUUGGAAACUUUGGGAGCCAUCGUGUAUUGUCAUAUGCAUCAUUCUUCCUUGUACUUAGAUACAUUGUUUGGUUUUCUAGUGAUUUUUUAGACUCUUGCCUUGUUUGAACUUGAAGGGUUAUGUGCGGUGGGUUCAUGAUUAGUAACAUAUAUUAUAUAGGUUGGUAUGGUUCUCUUACAAGUUGCCAAUUUGACCACUUGAUUUUUCACUUGAGGUUAGAUUUUGUGCAAUAGUUGCUACCAAAAGAAUGAUAUGUGUAAUGUCCUUUUUCUUUUCUUGGUAAUGUAUGAUCAUUUUUCUAUCU